CUGGUGGAACAGCAACAUUGGUGAACCAGCGGCGCCCUCCAAAUCAGGGAAAUAUAUUGAGGAACGCCUUCACAGAUCCGAUAACCACAAAGGGAUGGACGCUGCUUACGAGGACUCGACACCACCUCCUCAGUGUAGUUGUGGCAAUGGUAUCAUGAAGCUAAAGUGUGCCGGCUACGGCUCAAGGAACCCCGGCCGUUUUUACUACAAAUGUCCAACGGGUAAAGAUCAUUGGAAGGGAUUCCACUGGUAUGACGAGUACCAUCAGCUUGGUACACAAGAAGUGCCUCGGACGAUCGGAUCCUCUUUACGCCAAGGAUUCAGCCAAGUUGUUUUGUCGUCACCUGUAUCACCCAACGGUAUCAGCGGUUUAGAGAUGUCGGGGAUGGGUUUGGGAUAUAACGCGCCGCGUGGAAUUUUCGAGUUCAUUUGUGCUGCUCUUUGCUUCACAAUAUUUGUUCUAAUUCUAGGUAUUCUCAUUGGCAAAUUUAUGUGAGGAACAUAUGUUAGUACCUCGUAGUCGCGUCUUAUCUUAUGAAUUGCUAUUUCCUAUUUCCUUGAUGUUCGAAAUUUUUGCAGUGAACCUUGUAAUUUAAAUUGACAUAAAAGUUCAAUGUUUGCCCUAUCU